CCCGCCUUGCUUUUUAGAAACUGUGUCAUCAGCAGUUAUUUAAAACACUCCUCAGCAGGGAUUGUGGGUUUUUCUAUUUUCCUUUUAUUGUUAUUACUUUAUAACAUACUUGGUUUUUGAAAGAGUUUUUGGCGCGAUUAAAGAGGAAAAUAUAAAGUAAAAAAGUAGCCUUUAUUCCAAGGACAUAGAAAGGAGUCUGUGACCAUGGAUGGCCUGGGUCCCUCUGCCCAGAACGUAGGGUAUGGGAUACACAUAUAACCUCUGACGGGUUUGGUGCUCAGGGAGGGCGUUGAUGACGCACGAGGAGAUGAUUGGAACUUUUUCACAGGCACUGGGAAAGAAAAAAGGAUUGUGAUAGGGGAAGAAGGAAGUGACCUCAGGGUAAACAUCCCUUGAUCCCGUCUCCCACCACUGUAACAUGGUGUAGCUUAUUCUAGGGCAAAACUCUUUCAGUUUUGAUGUGUGUGAUAUACACAGAUGAUCAUGUGCACCCCUGCUGUUAGCUUCCUUUACACCCCUCAACUCCUUGUUACCUUCUAAUAUGAGUCUCCCUUUGACUUUCAUGUCAUCUUUUUCAGAUUCCACAUGCUAGGUGAAUGUAUUUGUGUCUCUGAGUGGUUUGUUUCAUGCAAUACAACAAUUUCCAGUUCUAGUCAUUUUUUCUGCAAAUAACAAAAUUUUAUUGUUCUUUAUAAAAGACUGAUACUCAAGUGUGCAUACGGAUCACAUCUGGAAAAUGCACCUAUCUGUUUAUGGGCACCGAGGCUGCUUCCACAUCUUGGCUAUUGUGAGCUGCACUGCCACAAGCGUCGGUAUACAGGUCUUGUCUCCUCCACUCUCUGACUCCUGGGUUCAUACCAAGGAGUGGAAAGGACGGGUCAACCCGUAGCUCCAUUUUACGUUUCUUGAGAACCUUCACACUGAUUUCCACAGGGGUUGCGCUGAUUUGCAUGACCGCCUGGAGCACAGAAGCUUUCCUUUCCCCCACAUCCUUGUCAACACUGAUGGUUUUUUGCAUCCUUAUGACAGCCAUUCUGAUUGCAGUGGAAUCUCAGUGUAGUUUUGGUUUUGCAUUUGCCUGACCAUUAAUACUCUUUAACUUUUUAAAAUAUAAUUAUUGACCAUUUGUACUUCUUUUGAGAAAUGUCUGUUCAAUCCAUUUGCCCAUUUAUUGACUGGGUUAUUUCAUUUUUUGGUGUUAGGUUUUUCGAGUUCUUUUUAGAUGUGAAUCCUCUGUGAGAAGAGUAGCUGAUAAAGAUUGUCUCCCAUUCUGAAGGCUGUCGCUUCACUCUGCUUUGCUGGCACAAACUUUUUAGUUCAAUGCAGACCGUUUGUUGAUUUUUCCUAUUCCUUGUUGUGCUUCUAAAGUCUUAUUUGGGAAGUCUUUGCCUGAGCUAUGGUUUCGAGUGUUUCCCCUAUGUUUUCUUUUAGCAGUUUCAAAGUUCAGGUCUUGUACCUUGAUUUUUGAUCAAUUUUGAAUGAUUUUUGUACCAGAUGAGAGAUAGGGUACUAUUUUCAAUUUUCUCCAGGUGUAUAUCCAGUUUUUCCAGCAUAGUUUGUUAAGGAGACUGUCUUUUCUCCAACAUAUACUUUUGGCUUCUGUUAUAGGUUAGGUUUACAAUAUUCUCUAGAGCUCUCACGUUCAGAGGCCAGGGUUCUGGAAUGUGAUUGGAUCAUGGUGGUGCUGUAUUCAUCCACCGAUGCUGAAAGUGACAUCAGAAGGUGGCCCCUGGUUAAAGGACGUGAGUCACCAAGGGUACUACCCAGAGGAGGUUAUUCCUGUUUCUGGCUGCUUCCUUCUUUAUUGCUUCCUGGCUGUCAUGGAGUGAGUGGCAUUCUCUCACCUGGGCUCUCUGUCUUGCAUUUUCUGACUUGGAACCAAUCAAUCUGGACUGAGAGCCAGAGUAAAUUCUGCUUUUUAAAGUUGCAGGUGUUGGAUAUAUUGCUCCAAUGACAGAAAAGUGAUUAACACAGAAAAUGAUGGCAGAGCGAUCCUAUUGAGCAGGAGAAGCAGAGCGAACGGGUUUGUGUGCAAGUUUGCCCUUGUGUGGUGUCAGUCUGGGAUGAGAGACACCAGCUCAGGGCAGGAAAUGUCAUCCAUCCCAUGUGAAGGAAGCCAGCUCCAGCCCACGCCAUGGACCAUCUUGCGGUGUGGUUCACAUCUUCCCCAGAAUGUGUUCAGGCUUUUCGCGUGACUCCCAGGGUCCACUGAAGGAUUUACCAGGGCGAGGGAGUGGUGUGUUUCUCUGGCAUCUCAUUUCCAACUGGCAUUCCUGCUGCAAGCAAAGCCAUAACCAACAAAAAUUCCAAAAGCUGCUUUAGGAGAGAAGGCACACAAAUCUCUUCAUUUAAUCAUAUUUUAAAAAGUUCUCAGUCUCCUUUAUUCUGGCUCCGGAGAACGUUCUGGAAAGGCUCCAUUCUGUAAAUGGACUUCAUUUGAAAUAACUGACUGGAAGAUAUCUUUCCCAUUACAAAACUUCAUGAUGGUAUUUUCUAAAAUCUCAGUCAUUUCCACGAGCAGUUAAAUAAACAAAUACGAGAAAAAAUGCUUAAUGCAUUUUGUUUGUUUUUUUUUAAUCUUAAACUGGCUUUUUUAUUAUAGAAACAAUAGAGGCCAAUAUCUUGGCCAUUCUGUGCAAAUUUUCUAAGGCACAGGUGUGGAUUUGUGUCCGACAGAAGAGGUACACAGGGGGCUGGUUUCUCUGUCACACGGCCUUGUUGGGAGCCACCACAUUGCCGAGCCGCCGCAUAUAGUGAUCAUGCGGCCUGUGGUAAAGAGCAAAGCCUGAGUUAGAUUACCCCUCCCAUCGAGCACGUUAGUUUCCUGCUUACCGCGUAAACAACCCGCUCAAUAAUAUGUUAGCCAAUCAGCUUGCCUUGCUUACUUUAAUAUGAUUGGACACUGUAUCCGUAUAUAUACUGGUGCCACCCCUGGGGGGAAGUAGAAGCCCCGAAGGAGCUGCGGAGAGCGGACCGGUAGAGGCUUCGGAGCGAAGCCCGGAAGGAGCCGCGGAGAGCGGACCGGUAGAGGCUUCGGAGCGAAGCACGGAAGGAGCCGCGGGGAGCGGACCAGAGGAGGCUUCGGCUGGGAGCGAUCCCAGGGCAGGCUGUACGGAGAGAAAAUAAAAGAAAAGGUUGUCCACUGCCAGACUUUGUCGUGUGUCCUUCCUGCCGGCCGGGAGCGACAUCGACAUUUGGUGGCCCGUACGGGGAACAACUGAUCACCCCCGAGACGUGGUAGUGGACAACGUUCCUUGAUACAGCACUGCGAGACAGGUGAGUAGGGGAUAAACCUGGGCCCUGGGUGGCGCGCACCUACAGGGUUUUUAGACUCCCCUCAGGCUCACGCGUAAGUGGCGGAUUUUUGGGCCUCACGUGGUGAGUAACAUAUUAAAUAUGGGUAACGUACCGAGUAACGACACCCAGCCCUUGGUACAGGUCCUCCGGAAGCUCUUAAAGUCCAGAGACCUCAAGGUGGGACGCAAAACGCUGGAGAGCUUUUUUGAGGAGAUUGAUAGUUUCGCUCCCUGGUUCUUGCCCACAGGGCACUUAAACCUGCCCUCGUGGGAGAAGUUGGGCAGGGAUCUUUCUCUAGCGGAAAGGGAGGGCGGGGCUUCGGUCUUCGCUCGGCCACUGUGGGAAAUGAUAUAUGCAUGCUUGAAGAGCGAGGGUGGUUGCAGGGAAGGUUCUCAAGAGCUCAUUAAAGUGCGUAGGGCAUUCAAACAGGCCCAGUCAGGGAGCUCCCGGGAGGGGUCCGUCAAAGGAGACAAAGAUAUAAAGGAGGAAGACGGGGCUCAGGCCUCGGAGUCGUCUGACUCCGAGAACGAGGAAGGCUUAGACAACGAUGAGACCAAGGAGCCUAGAUGCCAAGAGGAUAGGCCGCUCGAUAAGGAGUCGCAGGGUUCUUUCCCAGCGUUGCGCCGCGAAUUGCGCUCCGCUCAACUUGGUCUGCGGAGGAGUAGAGAGCUCCUGAGCGCCCCCUGGCGCGAGAGGGAGGCGAAGCCUUCCGCCCCACCUUGGGAGCUGUUCCCGGAAGCGAUCCCUCGCCACGAGGCGGCCGCGUGGGAGCUCCCUCCCCUUUCGCCAGAACAGAAAGUGAUGCACGGGCCCCCAUUUUCCGCCCAAUCACGGCCGCCGUCUUAUGCUCCGCCGCCGGCGGGUCGGUAUUUUUACAGGCGGCUUUGGCAGGGGGGACGUUUGUCUCAUGAGGUACAUCCACCACCUGGGAUAGAUAGUGGCCCCUACGGGAUAUUUCCUGUACAAGUAGCUGUGGGCCAGGGACGUAAUGCAUGGGAGCCUUUUGAGAUAAAGCAGAUUAGAAAACUUAAAAAUGCAGUUACAACCUUUGGGCCGACUGCGCCUUACACCAUUGCCAUGCUGGAGAACCUGUCUUCUGGGCCCCUCACCCCCGCGGACUGGAUUCAGCUGGCAAAGGUGUGUCUGCCCUCGGGUAGUUACCUGGAUUGGCGAGCCUGGUACACAGAGUUCUCUGCCGAGCAGGCUGAAAAAAACGCCGGUCGAGGAAAUGGGAGCUGGGGAUUUAGCUUAGCGGCAUAAGCGCCUGCCUUGUAAGCAGGCAAUCGCCAGUUCGAUCCCUGGUACCAAUAAAAAAAAAAAAAAAAAACAAAACAAAAAAGAUAAAAAUAAAAAAUAAAAAAUAAAAAACAAAAAGGGGGAGUAGGCCAAGGCCUGGCCCCAAAGGCACGAUUAUCCAUGGCACUAUUCACACACAAUUUUUUAAAUUUAAAUAAUGAUAAUUGCUCCCCAGCUGUGGAGCACUGCAACCCUUCCCCCAACCAUAAAGGGUGGGUGAAGUGGAAAGAUGUCCUGACAGGACAAUGGAUGGGCCCGGAUCCGGUAAUCAGCUGGAACCGAGGCGCGGUUUGUGUUUUUCUGCAGGAAUCGGGACGAGAACCACUGUGGGUACCGGAGAGACUGACACGGGCGACAAAGCCCUCGACUGAAGACCAGACCUGCCCUACCGGAGAUCCAUCACAGACCAACCAACAA